UCCCUUUCAGAGGAGGCAGGAGAGAGACACAGGAAACAGACAGAGGAUAAUGUGUCCAACAAUUCCUCACAACUGUCAUCUCCUCCUACUUCUCCUCACAGCUCACCUAAGAAAGGUUAUGGAAGAGCAGGUGACUACCUGUCGGACUCUGGCCACAGUGAGAUCUCCUCACGCUCCAGUCUGGUGAGCACCUCCUCCCUGGAUAUGGGACCAGAUGACCGCAGGCAUCGAUAUGGAGUAAUAGCUGGGGAGGCUCAUGGCAGUAGCCACCGGCUAGAACGCAGGGCUACUGCUGAUCCCGACCAGUACAGCUUGGGGUCCUACUCAUCAAUGCAGGACUGCCGGGGUCUGUAUGCGGGCGCCACUGUGCUGUCUUCCCCCAGUUCAGAGGAGCUUACCCAGGACCAAGGUGACCGGGUGUCUCUCGAUGCUGCUGAUUCUGGUCGUGGCAGCUGGACCUCAUGUUCCAGCGGCUCCCAUGACAACAUUCAGACCAUGCAGCAGGGGCGUAGCUGGGAGGCACUUGCAGAGGGUGCAGGGCUUUGGGGAAGCAGAGGAAGCUGGGCGUCUGCCUGCUCCUCUUCGUCCUCUGUGGCAUGUUGGGGUGAGGACUCUGAGGGAGACACAGGCACCAUCAAGCGGAGAGGAGGGAGGGAUGUGACCACAGACCCAGAGACCAGCAGCAUCACCUCCACUGGUUCAGAAGAGUCCAGACAGCAUAGUCGACGCCCCUCACCCAUCACUGCAGGCAACACCAAAGCUGUGAUCACACGGAAGGACGGUCGUUACCGGGAUCCUCCUCCCACACCGCCCGGCUACACGGCACUGAGUAUCACAGACGUAACUGAGGGUACGGCUCACUCGGGCAGGAGACCACCAGACUACACCACCGCCUUGCAGCGCUCCCGUCUUGUCACACAUUCCCCCGACUCCCACCACCCCCCAGCUGCGGGAAAACCCACCCAUUCGCUGGACCCCCGUGGCCGAGACGAGGAGGAGCCAGAGGAGGUGGAAGAGGAGGAGGAUGAACAGGUGUCUGCUGUUUGAAAAGGGGGCGACACUGGCUGCACUGCUGCAUUAACUGAUGGCCCAUAUGGGGCAUUCACGGGUCCGACAGACAGACCAUCCAGUCUACAUUUUGACGGCACUGCCUCUCUCCCUCCUCAAUGAUGAAUUCAUCUCCCUGCCCUGCCUUAAUGCAUCAUGGGGGGUUUAACGCCCUGCAUGCUAAGAAAUACUGUGAAGAAAGAAGGUGUGCAAAAAAAUAACUUAUUUGGCACUUUGGAGAAUGGAAAAAUGUACUGAACUGAAACUCGAACGAAGCGCUUUAACAUUCAUACACACACACAAACACUCACACACACACAAAACUACUGUUAACGGUUAUCUUUAAACAUUUCCUUCUGCUUAAAGGACACAUGAACGUUAGUAGUUCCCCUCAGCACUUUUUAACUGUUUUUAAGGGGUAAAAUGAUCCACACAAUCAACAUUUCAGCCACUGGAUUCUGGACAUGCAGUUUGGAUGCCACAGAAGGCUUGACUAUAACUUAACUCCACUCCUUUUCACUUCAGUCCUCACGAAAACACGCAUAUCUGUGUGGUUCAAUAUAGCAGUAUUAUAUUUGCAGGAGCACCACUUGAAGGACAUCUCUUCUGCUGGAUGACUACAAAUGGAGUUCACUUUGACUCCUGACAUACGUAGCACAGCGAUUUAAUACGGAAGGCGCUUUGUGAGAGGAAAUGAUGCUAAGUGAAGCCUUAGUGAGUGAUUUUAUUGUUUUUUUUUUAAGCUGCAGUGGGUUUGAGAGCUGUAAGAAAACAUCAAGUUUGGUCAAAGGCCUCAUAAAAAAAACAUGAAAUUACAUAAAUUUACAUCUGUUGGUAAUCGAAGAGACAAAGUCCAUAAAAGUGAAUCAGUUCUGCUGCAAGAAGCUUUUAGUGAUGAAGAGGAAGUGUACAUGCUCAUCUUUGAUAUGACGCAGGUGGUUUUAUCAGUUCAGUGCCUCUCCAGCUUCAAAAGCAUUUGUUGUGGCACAACUUCAAGCCCCCUAUUGGUUAAAGUGAGAACUGCAGGCGACUCAAGCAAAUGGGGACGUUUUAUUCGGGUGCUACUUUCUUCCUCUCAUUCUGUGAAACCAUUAAGGCGGUGUGUGAAAGAUGGUGGCUUCUGUGUUAUUUUUUCUUUACGGUGGAUCAAGUCAUGCAUGUUUCUCCUGGAGCGGGCCUUGAACUAACUACCACUGCUGCACAACAGCUUUCACAAUCAUUCACAGGAACUGAACUGAUAUGUGCUUUUACACAAACCCACCCGGAGUCCACCAGUCAGAGCAGAACUGAACCGAUGGGAGCACGUCACUUUUAUUCUUUCAUUUUAAUCACUGAGUUAAGCUGAUCACAUUGAUCAGUAUAGUUAGAAACGAUAGACUGAAGAAGAAAAAAGUUUGCAGUGUUUUCCACUGUACCCUGUAACAUCACUACUUCAAUGUUGCUUUCUCUAGUUGCUUUGUUUGUUCGUUCGUUCGUUUGUUUGUUCGUUUGUAGGUUUUUGGCUCCCACACAACUUUUUUUUUUUUUUUUUUUUUUUUUUUUUAAUGGUUGCGGAUACAGUUGUUCACGUUCACGUUCACGUUUUGGCAAGCCAAAAUGAGUCACUUGUUUUUCAAAAUAAGUUGCACAAAUUGUACAAGCAUAAAUACAACAAGGUAAAUAGUAGUAGGUAGCUGUUCUGCUACUCUGUUCGAUAUGUGAUGUUUAGUGAGACGUGUACAUUUAGCUGGUGAAUAUUAUCUCUUUUUUGACUACUUUUACCUGUACGUCUUUUACAAAGACAAUUGGUGGAGUAUGUAUUUGUUCUUUUGUUUUUUUGUUUUUUUGCCUUUCUUUUUUUUUUUUUUUUUGUAUUUUUAAUACAAUAAUUGUAAAUAUUGGUUAUAUUUUUGUUGAAUUGUAGAAAUGUAUGAUGUUUAUGCCUCAACAUCCAGUUUAUAUGAAGCUGGUAAUCAAUAAAUUCGACAAAAAUCAAUCAACUUAUAGUUUUUAAAUGCUAUUAUUAUUAUUAUUAUUAUUAUUAUUAUUAUUAUUAUUAUUAUUAUUAUUGCUCUUCUUAUGUUGAUUCUGCAUUAAGGAUUUUGUUUUCAAACAUUGUUUUAAAUGGCCUUUGUCACCAUCUAGUGUUUGCACAAGAUAAGACAUGGAAGUAACUUGAAAUGUGUAUCUCAUACUUUUCUAACUGACAAAUGUAUGUUGGGGUUAAUAAAAGACAUCCGUAUCGUA